AUGAAUCUGCUCUUCACGCUUAAAGCAGAUUCAACAAGGAGGACAUUGUGCUCAAAUGACGCUGGUUACUACUUCCUUGUUGCAUUUGGGGGAUCCAAAAAAGAGCCAUCAAAUCAGGUGGAAGUGUUGAUAACAGAAAAAAAUGAAUCAAGAAGGCAACCAACUUCUACCAAAGGUCAAAGAUCUGUUCUACUUGAAAAACAUUCAUUAUCUGCUGGAUUGGCUUCUCAACUAAAAAGAGACUCUUCCCAACAUUUGAUCAACUCUGUUGGUCGACAAAGUCUUGCAUCUGCAAUUGAACAUGGUUUGGAAAGGAAAUCUCUGUCUGAAACCCUGCUUGAAAAAGAUUCCAAUUCCCUCCCUACCAACAUCUCCCUUCGCAGGCAAUUUGAUCAUGAUGAAGAGUACAAUCCAGAUGUCAGGAUUGACAGGCAUUCAGAAGAUGAAAGUUUUUUCCCUCGGGCUGCUGAUCAUAGAACAAAUAAAAAUGACCCUGGAAAUCACAUGAGCUCAAGUGGAGCCAAGACCAUCAUGGAGGAACAGGUGUCAGUAUCUGGAAAUUCAAAUCAACAAAACCUUGGCUUUGGAAACCCUUUGCUAGAAAGUGAUGAUGUGUCAAAUCAAUCGGGAUCACUGUCCGCUGCUUCAAGCAUCUAUCAUUAUUAUGAAACUAAAGUGGCUUCCCUUCUGAGAAAAUUUGGCAUUCUGGAGGGACAAUUGUCAGCUGCAUUAGCAAGCAGAGAAGCUGCUGAGAAAAGCUUAGCAUCUGCCUUUAAAAGCAGGCAGGAGAUUGUGCAAGAAAAAUGGUUUGACAUACAAGUGGUGGAAAGGUUAUUGGCGUGUGGCACCACUCAAACAGAGGCAGUUUUUGCAAUGGUUAAAAAUCAUGUCAAAUAA